CUUACAAUCCACCAACGCUAGAGUCACAUGACAGCUGGCACACAGUUCAGCGGCUUGGGGGAGGUGGUGGUGUAUGUCACAUGACCGAGGCAGCAGGAGUGAGGGAGGAUUUUCACAGGGAUCACAGUAACAUACAUACACACACUGUGGAAACGGGCUGAAAUGAGUUUCCUUGGAGGUUUGUUUGGUCCAGUGUGUGAAAUCGAUGUUGUUCUCAAUGAUGCCGAGACAAGGAAGACGGCAGAAAUAAAGACAGAAGAUGGCAAAGUAGAAAAACACUUCCUGUUCUACGAUGGGGAGUCUGUUUCAGGGAAGGUAAAUCUCACUGUUAAACAGACGGGAAAGAGACUAGAGCACCAAGGGAUUCGGAUUGAAUUUGUGGGGCAGAUUGAGCUGUUCAGUGACAAGAGCAACACCCAUGAGUUUGUGAACCUGGUGAAGGAGCUGGCCCUGCCAGGAGAGCUGACCCAGAACAGGAGCUAUGACUUCGAGUUCAUGCAGGUGGAGAAGCCAUACGAAUCCUACAUCGGUGCCAAUGUCCGGCUCAGGUAUUUCCUUAAAGUGACGAUAGUGAGAAGGCUGUCGGACUUGAUCAAGGAGUAUGACCUCAUAGUACAUCAGCUGGCCUGCUACCCAGAUGUGAACAACUCCAUCAAAAUGGAAGUGGGGAUAGAAGACUGUCUACACAUAGAGUUUGAAUACAACAAGUCCAAGUACCACUUAAAAGAUGUUAUCGUGGGCAAAAUCUACUUUUUGUUAGUAAGAAUUAAAAUCCAGCACAUGGAGCUUCAACUAAUCAAAAAGGAGAUUACUGGCAUCGGACCUAGUACGACUACCGAGACUGAAACCAUUGCAAAGUAUGAGAUCAUGGAUGGAGCUCCAGUGAAAGGUGAAUCUAUUCCUAUCAGACUGUUUCUAGCAGGAUAUGACCUCACUCCCACAAUGAGAGAUGUGAACAAGAAGUUUUCUGUGCGCUACUUCCUCAACCUCGUUCUAGUGGAUGAAGAGGACAGGCGGUACUUCAAACAGCAGGAAAUUGUUCUGUGGAGAAAAGCACCCGAGAAGAUCAGAAAACGCACCAAUUUCCACCAACGCUACGAGUCCCCCGAGUCCCGGCCAACCCUCUCUGCUGAACAGCCUGAAAUGUGAAGAGCACACACAAGCAAACCGGCGGUGUGGAACAGAGAGCAGCCAAAUCACACAUUCUCACCAUCUUCGUCCAUCCACACGGCUGCGGUUACUCCACAUCCUUCAAGUCUGCAGACUUUCUCUCGCCAAAACACUGGAUCGUUCGGAAGCUACCAUUUUAUACUGCACAUUUUACCCUUUCGUUUAAUAACUUAAUGCACUUGGAUAUGCAAUGAGCUUCAAAGAAAAGAAAAAAGUCUGUUUAUAAAUAUUUCAAGAAUGUUCCCCGUGCAUGUAGGCUGGUUAAUGUACAUGGAUGAGAAGAUACAUGUGUUAUAUGUUGGUUACAGGUUUUCUGACAUACAUUGGGACGUGGCACAGCUGACCCCCAGGUGCUAUAAGAAUUUGCUGUAAGAUGUACAUGGUUUAAGUUGGAGUUUUUUUUUUUUUUUUCUCAAAACUUAUCUAGUGUUUCUUCUGUGGUUUACACCAUCAUUUGUUCCAUUUUACUAAUAUUUCACUUAAUGUAUGGAGCUUUUAAUGUAUUAAAAGCUCCAUUGAGUUAUAUUUACUUUUACUACUUUCUUUCUUAGACUAGAAAUGUAGAUGUUUAUGUUCAAAGUAGUGCUGUUACACGAGGCUAAGAAAUAUCCAGCGUUUUAUGGGCAGACCUUUGUGAAUUAAUUUAAAUAUCCUUUUUCAGCCCUUUAAAUAUUUGAUAACCUUUUUUUAGUAGAUCAUCUUGUAUCAUUGGUUCAACACAUGCACUGGUUGAUUUUUAUUUAAUAAAAAGACAAGGCCAUUUUAUCAAAACUGCAUAAUUUAGUGCCCCUAUUCUCUGUGAAAGUGUAACUAACAGUGUGGAAAGCUAACGGCACCAUUGUUAACAGUGACUGAAACACAACCCAGGCAGAUCUGCAUUUGUUUUAAGUCCUUUUUUUCCCCCCAUGUAAGGAAUGGAUGAAGGUUAUGCCAAAUAUGCUGGCGACUUGCUUGUACCCUCUUUUUACAUUUGCCUGAUUUAAACAGCAAAAAGAAAGUAUGUGAACAUUAAAGUUGUGUAUAUGCAGGCCUCAGACUAUUUAUCCAUCUACAAUAAACAUUUAAAAAUGUC